UGCGCAAAUUUUCCUUUACGUUCCCUCGCAUCGUAGUAUAGCUACUUCUGCAGCAAAACUCACCCAAUGAAGUAUGAAACUUGUCCCUAAGCUCUUGAAUAAUUCUUGAAGCACAUUGAGAAAGACACAUCAAUGGAGUCUUUAGUUCUUCAACUUCAUGAAAUCUCAGCUGUCAAAUUUGGCAACUUUAAGCUCAAAUCUGGCAUCUCCUCCCCAAUCUACAUAGACCUACGCCUUGUUAUAUCUUACCCUUCCAUCCUUCGGAAAAUUUCUCAAACUCUUGUUUCCUCCGUCUCUUCCACAUCAUUUGACCUUGUCUGUGGUGUCCCUUACACUGCUCUACCCAUUGCCACAUGUGUCUCUGUCACUCAGAACAUCCCUAUGGUCAUGCGCCGCAAGGAAAUAAAAGAUUAUGGCACUUCUAAAGCCAUUGAAGGUGAUUUCAAGCAUGGCCAAAGUUGCUUGAUCAUUGAGGAUCUAGUUACCAGUGGCACAUCAGUUUUGGAAACUGCGGCACCACUGCGUGCUGCAGGGUUGAAGGUCAGUGAUGCUGUUGUUUUGAUUGAUAGAGAGCAAGGUGGGAGAGAGAAUUUGGAGAGUAAUGGAAUCAAGCUGCAUGCAAUUCUUAAAUUGACUGAAAUGGUGGGAAUUUUGAGGGAAAAAGGAAAGCUAGAUGAGCAGAUGCUAGGGGUUGUUAUGAGAUUCUUAGAAGAGAAUCAGAAGGUUGCUGCUUUGGCAACUAAAGCCAAGGUUAAGGCCUUAUCAUUUUUGGAGAGAGCUAAGUUGUCCAAGAAUCCAACGGGAAAGAGAUUGUUUGAGAUAAUGGUUGAAAAGGAGAGUAAUCUGUGUUUGGCUGCUGAUGUUGGAACUGCAGCUGAAUUGCUUGAAAUUGCUGACAAGGUUGGGCCUGAGAUAUGCUUGCUGAAAACUCAUGUCGAUAUUUUGCCAGAUUUUACUCCUGAUUUUGGUUCUAAGCUUCGCUUGAUUGCAGAAAAACAUAACUUCUUAAUUUUUGAGGAUCGUAAAUUCGCUGACAUUGGUAACACAGUGACCAUGCAGUAUGAAGGAGGGAUCUUUCAUAUAUUGGAUUGGGCUGAUAUAGUAAAUGCUCACAUUAUCUCUGGUCCUGGAAUUGUGGAAGGACUGAAAUUGAAGGGUUUGCCUCGUGGAAGGGGUCUAUUGCUGCUUGCGGAAAUGAGUUCAGCUGGUAACCUUGCCAAGGGAGCUUACACCACUGCUGCAGUGAACAUUGCUGAGGAUCAUUCUGACUUUGUUAUUGGCUUCAUCUCAGUCAAUCCAGAAUCAUGGCCUGGGGCAUCCAUGAAUCCUUCUUUCAUUCAUGCAACUCCUGGAGUUCAAAUGGUGACAGGUGGUGAUGCUUUAGGGCAGCAAUAUAACACUCCACAUUCUGUUGUCUAUGAUAGGGGUAGUGACAUUAUCAUAGUCGGCCGUGGCAUCAUCAAGGCAGCAAAUCCGGCUGAGGCAGCUCGCGAAUACCGUCUUCAAGGAUGGAGUGCAUACUUGGGAAGUGCCCAUUUUGUUUGCAAGAGAUAUUUCAUUUCAUAUCAGUUUAUGAAUAACAUCUGGACAUGAAAGCAGCCAUGGAGUUUUGUUUUGUUUUCUUCUUCUUAG